UUGUCCAAUACAUUCAAUGCAACAAUUUGAAGCUAUAAAUUUUCAGGGCCUCGGUCAGCGUUUCUGCAGUGUCUGUAAUCUAAACGUUCUUCAUAUGAUUUUCUGUUUGUUUCCAUGGAAAACCUGUACCAGUACCUUGGAAUCAUCAUCUUCAUUCUUCUCACAAUCAAGCUUUUGCCUCGCAACAAAACGCAAAAUUUGCCUCCGAGUCCCUUUCCUCUGCCAAUUAUUGGCCACCUUCACCUCAUCAAAAACCCACUUUACCAAUCAAUGGCCACGUUAUUAUCCAAAUAUGGCCCUGUUUUAUAUCUCAGAAUCGGUUGUAGGAAUGUCCUUGUUCUUUCUUCUCCUUCUGUUGUUGAAGAAUGCUUGACAAAUAGCGAUAUAUUUGCAAACCGGCCUCGGACUAUGGCUGGGGAUCUUUUAACCUAUAACUACACUACUUUCGUAUGGGCUCCUUACAGUCCUCUUUGGCGGAACCUUCGCCGUCUCAGCGUAGUCGAAAUUUUCUCCUCAAACAGUGUUAAAAAGUUUUCUUCCACACGCGAAGAUGAAGUUGCCAACUUUGUUCGUCGCUUGUUUGAAGUGUCGGCACGAAACGACACGCAGAAGCUGGACAUGAAGUACCUGUUUUGUCUCUUGACAACGAAUGUCAUGUCGCAGAUGGUGGCCGGAAAGCGUGGUGUCGAGGAUCCUAGGGACACGGAGGCCGAGAAGAAGUUCUUCAGGGAAUUUAAGGAUAUAUUUUUUCCAAGCUUGGGAACCAACAUAUGUGAUUUCUUCCCAGUUUUGAGAUGGAUUGGUUUCCUGGGGAUUGAAAAGAAUUUGAAAAAAUUGCAUAGGAUCAGAGAUGAAUACAUUCAGAAUUUAGUAGACGGAAUUAGAUUAAAGAAAACUAAGAAGAAUUCUUCGUUGAUUGAAAAGCUUCUGUCUCUUCAAGAGGAAGACCCUAACUUCUGCUCCGAUGAAAUCAUCAAGGGCAUGAUUUUGAUGAUGUUCAUUGCAGGAACUGAAACAACUGCGGUUACAAUGGAAUGGGCAAUGUCACUCCUUUUGAAUCAUCCCGAGGCUUUGCAUAAGGCUAGAACCGAGAUCGAUGGCCAAGUCGGACACGACCGCCUGCUGAAUGACUCGGAUCUUUCGAAGCUUCCUUAUCUUCGUUGCAUCGUAAACGAGACACUCCGGCUAUAUCCCCCGGCACCAAUGUUGCUGCCUCAUUGCUCAUCUGAAGAUUGCGUGGUUGACGGAUACGAGAUACCUAAAGGCACACUGCUGUUGGUCCAUUCUUGGGCCAUCCAUAGGGAUCCUGGUCUAUGGGAGGACCCAACCGAGUUCAAGCCUGAAAGAUUUGACGAGGGAACUUUGGAUGACAAAAAAGGAUUGAAAUAUCUUCCAUUUGGACUUGGAAAGAGAGCUUGUCCAGGCAAUACCAUGGGUUUAAGGUUAGUUUUAUUGGCACUUGGUGCAGCUAUACAGUGCUUUGAAUGGGAAAAGGUAGGAUCGGGCAAGGUUGAUAUGACCCCAGGCAAAGGACUAACUAUCUCCAAGGCUAAGCCAUUGGAGGCUUUGUGCCGUCCACGGCCUGAUUUGGUUAAACUGCUCUCCCAGUUUUAACCUUCCAUUUGAAGCUUUGAAUUAUAGAUAAAAUUAGGCUCGAGUUUUUACUCCCAAUAUAUUGGUGGCGUGAUUCCACAUUAGCCUUAAACCGUUCUGAUAAUUUCAUUUUGAUACUUGGAUUGAUGCUUGUAUCAUAAAGUUAUUGUACGUCCCAGAAAUGGCAUCAACCUCUAGGCGACAUCUCCAAGAUAAUGUUCAAAGCAGAGACAGAAAACGACAGCUUUUUGUAAUGAAGUGGACAAUCAGGAAAAACUGUAUUUGCUUACCGUAACUUUUAGGGUGUGUUUGAUUUAUGUAAUGUAAUAUCAUCAGUGGAAAUAUAAGAUUAUCAGUGUGAAUGUAAA